UCCGCCUGGUGGAUGGUGGCAGUCGCUGUGCAGGCAGAGUGGAAAUUCUUCACCAGCAUUCCUGGGGCACUGUGUGUGACUUCAGCUGGGACUUGAAUGAUGCCCAUGUGGUGUGCAGACAAAUGGGCUGUGGUGAGGCCCUCAAUGCCGUGCACGAGGCACUCUUUGGGGAGGGAUCAGGGCCCAUCUGGCUGGAUGACCUGAAGUGCACAGGAAAGGAAUCCCAUGUAUGGAAAUGCCCUUCUCUAGGCUGGGGGCAACACCACUGCACACACAAGUUGGACGCAGGUGUCAUCUGCUCAGGAUUUGUGCGUUUGGAUGGAGGAGGUGGACCCUGCUCUGGGCGAGUGGAAGUGAAUUCUGGGGGAGGAUGGAUUCCAGUAUCUGAUGGGAAUUUCACCUUCCCCGUGGCCCAGGUCAUCUGUGCAGAGCUGGGGUGUGGCAAGGCUGCACGUGUCUUGGGGAACCUGCCCUUUAGAGAGGACAGUGAACAGGUCUGGGUUGAAGAAUUCCAGUGUAAAGGACAGGAGCCUGAGCUCUGGUUCUGCCCCAGAGUACCCUAUCCUGGAGGAAGAUGUCCCCAGAGAGGAGCUGUGCAAGUUGUCUGCUCAGGAUAUACAGAUGUUCGGCUCAUGAAAAAUGGCAGCUCUCAGUGUGAGGGUCAAGUGGAGAUGAAGACCUCUGGAGGCUGGAGAACACUCUGUGCCUCCCACUGGAAUAUGGCCAAUGCCAAUGUUGUCUGCCGUCAACUGGGCUGUGGAGUCGCCAUCUCCACCCCAAAGGGAGCAUACUUUGUGGAAGGAGGAGAUGAGAUCUGGAGAGACCGAUUUCACUGCUCAGGGUCUGAGUCCUUCCUGUGGAAUUGUCCUGUGACUGCCCUGGGUGUUCCUGCUUGUGCCCAUGGAAACACAGCCUCUGUGGUCUGCUCAGAGACUCCACAGCUCCGCCUGGUGGACGGGGGCAGUCGUUGUGCAGGCAGAGUGGAGAUUCUUCACCAGCAUUCCUGGGGUACUGUCUGUCACAAUAGCUGGGACCUGAAUGAUGCGAAUGUGGUGUGCAGACAAAUGAACUGUGGAGUGGCCUUCAAUGCCUUGCUCUAUGCACAAUUUGGAGAGGGAUCAGGGCCCAUCUGGCUGACAGACAUGGCUUGCACAGGGGAGGAGGACUCCUUAUGGAAUUGCCCUGCCCUGGUCUGGGAAAAGAACAACUGCGGGCACUCUAAAGAUGCAGGAGUCAUCUGCUCAGGUAUGGUCAGUGCAUUCUCCACUACCUAAAAGAAUGGAAAUUGCCAGGAAAUAGUGUCUGAUCCCUGGGGGAACAGGAGAUGAAUUGUCCAGAGAGGACUAAGAGGUCAUUCCCUCAAUUAGUGGAAUCAAGGA